CAAUAAAACCUCUGAGCUGAUAAGGAAAUGAAUCAGAUUAUGAAAGGAUUUCAUAUUGAAUAUACAGAGGAAAAUAUACAGAGGAAAGAUGAAACCUCCAGUUAAAACCAAGCAUUCUAAAAAUACAGAGUUUAGUCUCACAAAUAUUUUGAAAACAAAACUGAAGAAUAGUUUUAAGCUAUUAGUGACUAAUACGAAAGGGUUUUGUGAUAAUACAUCUAUGCAUGGUGUUAAAUACUUAGGGAGUAAGGAUUUGUACACUUUCGAAAAAUCGUAUUUCCUUUUGGCUAUUAUAUCUGUUAUAUUAUUUAUUGGAUUUUUCGCACUGAAAGCCUUUGAUAAAUGGAAUAUUACACCUGUCAUAGCUUCAAUCAAUCCAAAGCAAUAUAUUAUAACUGAUGAGCCAUUCCCAGCGGUUACAAUAUGCAAUUUAAACCAAGUAGACAAAGAUAAAGUGGAACACUUUAAGAAAAAUUCCACAGAAUAUGCUAUGACCCAAAUGCUAUGUAGACGUCCAUUAAAGCAAUUCUUGAAUUCAUCCAUCGGUGAUUUUAACAACAUGAGAGAUUUUAUUUGGAAUAUUUCUCAACGUUGUUCGGAUAUGGUUAUUUCUUGUCAAUUUGGCAAUAGUGUGUAUGAUUGUCAGAAAUUAUUUAAUCCAGUUAUAACUGAUGAUGGUCUCUGUUGUGUAUUUAACACUGUACAUCCGAAAUUUCUUUAUAAAAUUAAAACUGAGAAAUACAACACGAACAUCGAUGACACCACACCAGUAGAAUGGAGCGCAGAGAAAGGUUAUCAUAGUAAAUUACCUAAAGAAUUUUAUCCACGACGUACUGUUGGUGUUGGAGAAACCUUGGGUCUAAGCAUAGCACUUUACGCUGAUGCAGGAAAUUAUUAUUGUUCAACUGGUAAUGGUAUCGGAUUUAGAAUUUCCAUAUACAAUCCCUCAGAUUUUCCAAAUAUGCGAGAAAUUGGUUUACUACUUUCAGUAGGAACUGAGACAAGAAUUCGUCUUAGUAAUGAACGCACUGAAUCUGCUUUAAAUUUACGCAGCUUAGAUACACAAUAUAGACGAUGUGUAUUUCAAGAUGAGAGGGAAUUGAAUUUUUUCACCCAUUACACACAACGUAAUUGCAAUAUUGAAUGCCUAACGAAUAUUAUCCUCAAGAAUUGUGGUUGUGUUGAGUAUUUUUCUCCACGAUUUUAUGGGAAUGAAACUAUCUGCGGUAUACGUGAGGAACAGUGCGUAAGACGAGUACGAGUGCUUGCUACGACAGCUGAAGACGGACGUUUCGAUUGCGACGAUAUUUGCCUGCGUAGUUGUUUUGAUUUGACCUAUAUGCCAGAUUUCUUUUCAGCUAUAAUGUAUGAACCACGCAUAUAUGCCACUAAUCCAAAAAUGCAGAACUUGAGUGCGGAUGAAGUGUUGGAAAACAUUGCUAUGGUUAACUUGUAUUUUGCAGAGAAUGUCUAUAGAAGUACUAAGCAGAGUGAGUUUAUAGGCACAACGGAUUUUUUGUCUAGUGUUGGUGGCAUUAUUUGUUUAUUUUUCGGUUUUAGUUUUGUCUCAAUUGCGGAGCUUAUAUUUUUUAUUUUAAUACGUUCAUUAGUGCAAAUACCAGAUCAGUGGAAACAUCAAGUCAACAACUUAAAUAAGAAAUCAGUUGUGAGUGGCAAAAUCUCUACUUUGUCACAUUUUGUUGAGAAUGAUCAACGUUGGGCGACAAAACAAAGAAUUGCUGUUAAAUAGCAAGGUUUCUAUAUAAACCAAUAAUAUAUAAUAUAAUACAUAUUUAUUUAUGAUUUAUGAUUUAUGAAAAUGAAAACAAAACAAGCCAAAAGCACCAGCUAGAUGGUUUGAAACCCAGAAAGGCUUAAAGU